UAGAACAAUAGCAACAGCAUAUUUGUCUCGAUAGCUGUUCUCCUUACAACAGCACUACUGGCCUUUAUAGUUUAGAACAACAGCAACAGCAUAAUAGUCUCAAGAGUUGUUCUUUUUACAACAGCACUACUAAUUGUAUUGCCAGCAACAGCACUUCAAAGUUGAUGAGAUACGUUUAAAUCUAGUAUUAAAAAGAUCUGAUUCUUAUUAAUGAGUACUGUAAACUCGAAAUUUUCUUGAAAGAAAUAUGCAAAAAAAUCAUCAUUAAGUCAGGAAAAUGUUUUGCAAGAAUUGAUCUGAAGCUGUGAGUUUAACAUUCCGUCCAUUUUAAACAUUAUGUAUUCUUUGAACCCCAGUUAAAAUAUGUUUUGAUCUAUCAUGAGAUGAAUUCAAUGAUAGUUUAGUAUUACAAUAUACAAUAUGCCAUGUCUAUGUAAAUAUUAAAAUUAAGAAAUUUUCUUGCAACUAUAAGUAUACUCAAAUAUGGAUCUCCCACUCCUCCCUCAAGUACAAAGCACAAGUAAUGAGCAUUUAGAAAAUAUAUUUUUUACAAUUUUACAUUUUUUAAAACGCUAAUUUUGAAAAUUUGUACAUACUUGACAACUUUACAUAUUUUUGUUAACUAAAGACUGGUUAUUUCAAGAGACUCCAUUUAUUGAGUGGCAUGUUCGAUUCGAUAACAAUGGAUAUCUCAUUCAUUCUUGAUGAAAUGGUACCGCUGUGAAUCGGAAAUGAGAUGAAAUGGUACCGUUGUGAAUCGGAAAUGACCCUUUUUAAAUGGAUAGUUCCAUGAAAUUACAAGUGAACAGUCUAAUAUAAAGUAGUAAAAUUACGGGUUUGCUAGGGUUUAAAACCCUAUUAAUCCCUAAAUAAAUCCCUGUACUAUACGUGAUAUAUUGCAGAAAAUAAAAUGGAUGUUGAAGGUGCGCUGAAGGAGAAGGAGCUGGGUAACCAGGCCUACAAGAAAAAGGAUUUCCAGACCGCCAUCAAACACUACACCAAAGCAAUCGAGCUGGACAACACAGAGUUGACAUUUCACAACAACCUCGCCGCCGUCUACUUCGAGAUGAAGGAGUACGACAAGACGAUUAAAGAGUGUGAGACUGCUAUUGAAGUAGGAAGAGAGAACCGGGCAGAUUUUAAACUAAUAGCCAAGGCAUAUAACCGGCUCGCGACAGCACACAAGAAACUUGGAGAUCUUCAGGCGGCGAAGGUUGGAUAUGAGAAGGCACUAACUGAACACAGAACACCGGAGUACAGACAGAAUCUGUCCGAGGUUGAAAGUGAGAUUAAGAAGGCUGCUGAGCUGGCGUAUAUCAACCCGGAAUUAGCAGAUCAGGAGAAACAAAAAGGAAACGAGAGCUUCAAGAAAGGACAGUGGGCGGAUGCUGUUAAAUUCUACAGUGAAGCCAUCAAACGAAACCCUAAGGAUUCAAGAAUUUACUCCAACCGCGCUGCCUGUUACACCAAACUCACUGCAUUCGAUCUAGCUCUAAAGGAUUGUGAUAAAAGUAUAGAAUUGGAUCCUGUCUUCGUCAAGGCCUAUCUUAGGAAGGGAAAUGUACUCAAGGCUAUGGGACAAAUCCAGAAGGCAAUGGACGUGUACUCGAAGGCUAUGGAACUGGAUCCAGAUUCGGCAGAGGCUAAGACUGGAUACAAGGAUUGUGCAGUACGCCAGUACAGUACUGGAGGUGGUGACCCUGAGAAGACGAGAGAGAGAGCCAUGAACGACCCUGAAGUUCAGCAGAUUAUGGGGGAUCCAGCGAUGAGAAUGAUUUUAGAACAGAUGCAGAGUGACCCUCAGGCUGUAAGUGAGCAUCUGAAGAAUCCUGAAAUUAUGAAGAAAAUCAUGAAACUGAAGGAUUCAGGGCUCAUCUCCAUGCAGUAUCGUUAAACCCUCGAAACAAUGCGGGGAAAUCCGCGAAACUACAGUUACCGGAUUUUUUGCCUUUAAUUCUCAUUUUUUAUUUGCUUUAAUUAGCGCUGCGAAGUUUCACAUCUUGUCCCUAAGUCAAUAUAAAGGCAGUUUGUGUUGAAAACUAAUAAAGAAAAAAUUGGAAAA